AACAAAAUAGAAUCGUUUCAUUGAGGAAGAAAAUAUAUUUGGUGUCUGUUUUUUUCCCUUCUAAUUACGCACGCAAACCUUCCACUAUUACUCCUCCAAGCUCAGCUGACUUUCUAUCGCUUGCUUCUCGGAUAGUCCAGAGGAAGCGACUUGUGGCCGCUGUGGUUGGCAUCGUCAUGGUGUUGGCCCUUAUCAUAGCAAUACCGCUGCUUGUGCAAAGUACCAAGACUUCGGCUCACUAUGAGAUGAUGGGCACCUGUCGAAUGAUCUGUGAUCCAUACAGUUCAAAACCCGCCAGCGCCACGGCCAUGGAGCUCAUGCAGGACCUGAAUGCUAUUCCGCCGCCGCCAAUGGCGCAAGGCUCCAAAGGUGAAAUGGGGCGACCUGGGAAACCGGGACCAAGAGGUCCACCGGGAGAACCAGGACCUCCAGGCCCAAGAGGACCACCUGGAGACAGGGGAGAUUCCGGGAAAGCUGGUUACCCCGCGGUAACGUCAGGGACUGCAAAGACCAAAACGGACAUGGACGAGGUUAACACGGCACUCAGUGACUCAAAGGUUGCGUUCUAUGUCGGGUUGAAGAACCCACACGAAGGAUAUGAGGUGCUUAAAUUCGACGAUGUUGUCACAAACUUGGGAAAUCAAUACGACCCAACCAAUGGCAAGUUCACUUGCCAAGUGUCCGGAAUUUAUUUUUUCACAUACCAUGUGUUAAUGCGAGGCGGCGACGGGACAAGCAUGUGGGCAGACUUGUGCAAAAACGGACAGGUUCGGGCAAGUGCUAUUGCACAGGAUGCAGACCAGAACUACGAUUACGCAAGUAACAGCGUGGUUCUACACCUGGACUCUGGAGACGAGAUUUAUGUCAAACUGGACGGUGGCAAAGCACACGGAGGCAACAACAACAAGUACAGCACCUUCUCUGGAUUCAUUUUGUAUCCAGAUUAAAUAGCCUGACAAGUUUUAGGCUAUCCAUGACUCUACCUCCAAUUGAGGUCCAAACAGAACUUCAUCGUUUAUUUCGCUCUCUCAUUUCCUUUGGAGAGCAGGGUGCUUGUAAUGGUCUUCUAACUACUAAUAAUAUAUAGGAUAAAUAGGCUAUAUAGCAGUUGAGGUCGUUUGAUUGAAUGUGGUAAGAUGACUUUAUGCAGCAGUUUGUUUUACUCAAUAGUAACACCUUAUGUGGAGAAGUAGCCUAUAUGUAGCUAAGAUCAAAUGCACAGAGAUAGAAUCAAACAUACAAAACCAGUCUUCGGUAUAUUCAGAGUCCAGAGUUGUGUUUUAUUUUACAGCAUUAGGCCAAUAGUGCAUUAUAUUUUGUCCUCAUGUACCAAUAAAUAUUAUUUUACA